UGCGUGUGCGCGCAGGCGGAGGAUCGCCGAGUCGACCCGUAACGUGCAGCAGGCACAAGCCGCUGGGCGCGCAGGAGAAGCCGCAAAAAAAUUACAGCAGCCGCGACUCGAAACUGCGAGGAGAGCAGAGGGAGCGUCGGAACUUGAGUGUGCACGAGGCCAGAAAUCCAAAAUGGGAGGCAAGCUGAGCAAAAAGAAGAAGGGAUACAACGUAAACGAUGACAAGGCCAAAGACAAGGAUGCCAAAGCAGAGGGGGCAUCUGCCGAGGAGAGCGAAGCGCCGAAAGACAACAAAGACGAGGCUGCCGCCGAUGCUAAGGAGGUAGCAAACGACACGGCGGCCAAGGAGGCGCCAGCAGCAGACGCUGCAGCGCCUAAAGAGGAGGAAAAAAACGCCGCUCCUGCUGCAAAGGAGCCCGAGAAACCUGCCGCCAACGCUGAGCCCAAAACGGAGGCACCCAAGAGCGCAGAGCCCGCCAAGGCUGAGGAGAAAGCAGCUGCUCCCGCCCCGGCCAAAGAAUCGGCCCCUGCCGCCAAGGAGCCCGAGGCUAAGGCGGCGCCGACCCCAGAGAGUAAAGAUGAGGCCGACGGCAAAAAGACUGAGGCCCCCGCGGCACCAGCAGCCAAAGCCGAGGCGGCCCCCGCCGCCUCCCCUGACCCCAAGCCCACAGAGGCGGCUCCCGCACCAGCAAAGGAGGCCGCCGCAGCCCCUAGUUCAACACCAGCCGCCGAGCCCCCCGCCAAGGAGGCGAACGCCACAGAGGCACCAAGCAAGGAUCAAACCGUAGCAGUUCAAGAUUAAUGGACAGCUUCUUUUCGGAAAUGAAAAAAUAAAGUACCUAACUCAACGACGAUGAAGAUUAAAAAAAAUGAAAAUGAAAUUAACUAGCCCACUCAUAUUAUGAUGAUAAUAACAAUAAUAAUAAUAAUCGUAAUGAUGAUGAUUUGUUGAAUGAGGAGGACUGGAGCAAACCACCUGGAGAAGUUUCCCGCCGCUGCAGAUGAUUAUUGCUAUUAUUAUUGUUAUGUUUUAUUUUUUUCUGCUGUAGUAUUUGAACUUUGAUACGAGUCUGUGCCAUUCCAUCAUCCCUCUCCCUCAUAGAGUCAAGAGGUUUACCCCAUCUCCGCCCACACGAGGCCUACGUUCAUACCUUCACCUGCACCCUCAGAAUUUGGGGAAACGGACUGAGGGAAGGGGGACGGGGGGGUUAUGAAAUCACCUUACCGACUGGACCACUGAGUCUGUCCACGUCCCUUCCGCUCAUCCUCCUCUUCAGAGUGUUGGCUUUGGCUCGGUACCUUCAGCUUUUUGAUGCCGUUAAAUAGUGGCUGUAUCCUUUCAACCCCCCCGGCCUUUUCGGUGUUGUUUGGUUGUGUUGCUGUCCGUUUUCUUCCUGUGGGUUUCAUGCCACUUUCUCUCAACGGCAAAAACUGGAGUCCAAAUUCACGGCGAGGGCUGCGAAUGUUCAGGCUUUCUAAGACAUUCUGCUGGUUGAGAAAGGCCGACUUUGCAGAGCAAAACACAUUCUUAGAUGUACAAAACAGUCGUAGGAAUUUUUCAAAUACACUUCUAGAUUUUGUACUGAAACCCUUAGCUAUAUUAUAAGUGAACUAAGUGGUUUUUUAACAUUUGUAAUAUGCUUAUAAAAUCUGCAAAGCCUCGCUGAAAAGAUCUCUGCAGUGUUCUUAGAAAGUCUGGUGGAAAUCUCUGAUCCUCCAUCCAAAUCUGAUGACAAAUUUGAACAAAUUCUUUUAUUUUGAAAGACAAAUGUGCUGCUGACGUGGGUCCUGGAGACGGUUUGACUUUGCUUAGGAUACCAACUUGGUGACGUUUUCUGCAUCAUGAGGAAGGUUCAGUUGGGUCUCUCAAAACUAAUUAGACAAAACCGGCUCUUAAGCUCUUCUCUGUGAUUGUAUUCGUUUUCUGCACUGGAACUCAGAUCCUCCACUUGAGUAGAAGCUGCACCACAAAGGAGACGAACUACAGUCUCCGUAACUCCAAGUAAAAGCUGCAAAAUGUUCUUAAGGAGCAAAAGUAUAUUGUGAGAGGAUCUUGUGGUGCUGCUUUUAAAGUGCCCAUCGCAGGUUAUUGCAGUAAAGAAACCACAUAAACUGGUGGUACAAAAUGAGACGAAACCCUCAAAAACGACCAAAAAAGUGUCCAUUUUAGCUCACGAUCAGAUUACGCCUACGUGAGCCGACUUUAUCAGCCGGUGAAGGUGAGACACUCCAACCCUGUGGUUUUUGUGUGUGAGCCAGAUCACAGUGUUGUCAUUAAAACAUAAAGCUUCAGCUUAUCCAGGGUUUGCCCAGACAGCAGUUUGUUUGGUCAGUUUGGCAUUUUCCUGUCCUGUUUAAUAGCAAACUAAACAUCUGGAAAAUGAGACAGCAGAUCCUUCUGAAACCGACUUUUACUUUACACGACUGCAGCCUGAGCGAUGAAAACGUCAGCACUUUGGUAUCCACGCGGGUCUGCAGCUCCGGGACUCUCGGUCUGAUCCCAGGACAGCACAGGAGAUUUCACUGGAGGGUCAGAGCCGUCGCCUUGCUCCCCGUUUCUACGGCAACCGUACGCCACGCUGUCAUUAUGGGAUGGAGAAGCCUCGCACACGAAAAGGGAGCUUCAUCAUUUUCACCCCUCAUGCAUUGUACUUUACUUUUCAGAAAUAUAUACUGCAUAUGUGUACAUGUAUGCAAUGGUGGAAGACAAAAGUACUCACACUCUACUCGAGUUGUCGUAUUACAAAAAAUACCCCCAAAGCCCCGCAUUGUCAUUUUUUACAAGGUACAAGUAUACAUUUGUACCUCUUUGUUUUUGGGAUUGUUGUGCUUUAGGUUCAGAAGGAAGGAAGGAAAGAAGGACGAAAGGAAGAUAAAAGGCAGCUUGGUUGCUUUUCAUGACUUUAAAUGAGCCGAUAAAGAAAGGAAGUAACUUAAGUAAGGAGAGAAGGCAGUGAGGAAAGAGUGAAGGAAAUGUCUGAUAUUUCAUAUUCUUAUCCCUUAAGUGGCCAGUUAAAUAUAUCGCAGUAAAAUUUAAAAAAUGUGCCCCUGACAUGUGCUGGACCAAAUACUAAGUGGAACAUAACCCGUCGUAUACGACACCAGCAACCCAAGAUGCUUGUGUACAAGUACUUCUGUAACCUCCGCCUCUGCGUAUAUGUACGUAUACAUGCAUAUAUUUACUAAAGUCAGCCAUCCAUUUGCCAGCUUUUCAGUUCCAUCCACCUGACGCACGACGUUUUCCUCCCAGCACUCGUCAAACCGUAGCAGAAACAAACAGCCGAGGAGCGUCACGUGUCACUUGGUUCGCUUUUUCUUCCUCUCUUGACUCAGUAAAUUGCAUGUCCGUGGUUGGGUGAACCUGUAGUCCUGUCUUUUUGGUCAAGUGGAAAAAAAAAAAGAAAAAAAGAAAAUUAUUAUUUCUCAGUCUGCAUCCAUGGCAACUACAGUUGAUAUUUUCAUUCCAUGUCUCAGCACUGCUAUUUCCACACCACUCGCUCAUUCAAAACAAACAAAAAGAUGAUAUGGAAAUUGAUGCAUUCAAAAUUAUAUGUACUUGUAUAAAUGGUGCAACAGUAAUAAAAUGUAAGAAAUUGA